AAUGUGGAAAGACUUAGCGAUCCCCGGUUUAGCGUUAGCGUUUCAUUUGUGGAACAGCGCAGCACAUUAAAUACAGCAUGUGAUUUAUUUAUCAGUGAUUAACAAAAUACGCGUGUUAAUACAUAUAAAAACAACAGAAAAACGUUUAUUUAAGGAAUGUUUGACAGUUGGACGUUGUUACGAAAACAUGGUGCCAAUAACCCGAGGCGCAACGAUAUAAAGGUUGUGACACCGUCCUGACUCAUGGGUGUGGACGGAGACUUUUCCCAUCUAUCAAACUGUGCGACAGUAGGCGGAAGAACUCUUCCCCGACUGCACCCACAAGACGAUAACCAUGGACCUGUCCGUUCAGAAACACUUCACGGUUGUUGACUAUGUGGUAUUUGCCAUCCUACUUGCCGUCUCCAUGGGCAUAGGCUUAUACUAUGCCCUGUCAGGUGGACGUCAGCGCACCACGCAGGAGUUCCUGAUGGCAGACAGAAGCAUGGGCUGUCUCCCCGUUUCCCUUUCACUCAUCGCCUCCUUCCAGUCGGCUGUAGCUAUCAUUGGUGUACCAGCAGAGAUCUACACCUACGGUACUCAGUACUGGUUCAUCGGCUUUGCCUACAUCCUGGGACUUAUCAUUCCAGCCCAUGUUUUCAUUCCAGUGUUCUACAGACUCCGGCUCUCUAGUGCAUAUGAGUAUCUUGAACUGCGCUUUAACAAAGUGGUGCGCAUCUGUGGAACACUGACCUUCAUAUGUCAAAUGGUUAUUUAUAUGGGUGUCUGUGUGUAUGUUCCUGCCUUUGCACUAAAUGCAGUUACUGGACUAGAACUAUGGGGUACAGUGUUGGCAACUGGACUGGUCUGCACACUGUACACAGCAUUGGGAGGUUUAAAGGCUGUCAUCUGGACUGAUGUGGUUCAGACAAUAGUGAUGUUUGCGGGACAGCUGGCUGUCAUCGUGGUGGGGGUUCAGAAGGCUGGAGGAGUCUCGGAUGUUUGGACAAAGGUCUGGGAGGGAAACCGAAUCUCGAGUUUUGAUAUAAACCCAGAUCCUACAGAGAGACACACUUUCUGGACUCUGGGUGUGGGCGGCGUUUUCCUCAUGUUGUCUUUGUACGGAGUGAACCAGACUCAGGUGCAGCGGUAUCUCAGCGCCCGCACAGAAAAGGAGGCCGUAAGGUCUUGUUACAUGGUCUUUCCCUCCCUUCAGUUGGCUCUGGCUCUCAGCUGUGUGAUGGGUCUGGUCAUGUUUGCAUGUUACUGUGGGGUAGAUCACUCUGACAAACUGAGCACCUCCUCCAGGGAUGCUAUGGUGAUUUAUUUUGUGAUGGAUAUGCUUCACGGUCUACCUGGACUUCCUGGACUCUUUGUUGCGUGUUUGUUUAGUGCAGCCCUUAGCACCAUCUCAUCUGCUUUUAACUCUUUGGCCACUGUAACGAUGGAGGAUCUCAUCAAACCACAUUUCCCAGCAAUGACGCAGCGCAAAGCCAUUCUGCUGUCCAAAGGAUUGGCCUUGUUUUAUGGUCUGCUGUGUCUGGCCAUGGCCUAUCUCACUCACCUGAUGGGUGACUCAGUUUUACUGGUGGCUUUAAAAAUCUUUGGGAUGAUUGGAGGUCCCAUCCUUGGACUGUUUUCUCUUGGAAUGUUCUUCCCAUCUGCCAACUCGAUUGGAGCAGUGGCAGGUCUGGGUGCUGGUGUUUCUAUGGCCUUCUGGGUCGGCAUCGGGGCCAUCCUUACUCGUACGUCUGGCUCCAAAACACAGACCCUAGACUGCAAAGUCACUCAGUCCAAUGAUACGGCUGCAGCUUUUCAGAUUGCACUCAGUAAUAUCACACUGAGCCGACCCUCUGGGUUAAAGCGAUUGUAUUCACUGUCGUACAUGUGGUACAGUGCCUUCAACUGCAUUGUAGUCAUUGUAGUUGGACUUCUCAUCAGUUUUCUCACAGGGCCAAUGAAAAAAGAAGAUGUGACACCGGGCACAAUUUAUCCGUUACUGCAGAAAAUUUUCUGGUUUCUGCCAGAACACUUGAAAAAGAAACUGUCCUGUGUGACUCCGCUGGAACAAACACCCGCUGUACAACAGAGACAACUGCUGUGCCAAAAAAGCAACAGGUCGGCCCAACAAGACAGACCGAUUCAGGAAGAGACGGAGACUUUUCUUCCUGAUGCUCACAUGACUCAUGUGGAACAUGAAACGUGCGUGUGAGGCCUCCUACUGUACUGGAACAGAAUUAAAACACCUGAAGACAAACACUGGAAACCUGGUUCUAGCUGUUAAUCCAACUCAACACACAUUCUUAUUGUUAUGUGGUUGAGCUGUUACUGACACUGUACUAUAACAUAGUGGUGAAGUGUGUUAUAGAACUGCACUUACUGAUAUAUAUUGUUGUACAGCACUACUGACGCUGUGUGGAUGGGACCAGUGUCAUGAACUUGUCAUAUAAAAGGAUUUAGUAGAAGUGAAGUUUCUCAGUCAUAAGAGAAGAAAGGACAUUUUUAAUACAAGAAUAAAUGUUUUGUAUCAAA